AUGACCACUCGCACACAAGACACAACACCGUCCAAGGGUGAGACGUCUUUACUCUCAAGCCAGCUGACACCUGAUCAAGGUAGCAAUACACCCUUGCGUACGGUUGCAGAAGACAGUAAGAAGAUAGAACAGCACACCCAUCCGCUUGAUGGGAAUCUUUUUUGUCGUCAUUCAUGUUAUGCAACAUAUGCCAAGAAACAGCAGACCAAAGGUCCUGUCUUUCGAAGUGGCGACUUUCCUCUACUGGCGACACAGAUACAAAGUGUUCUGCAGGAAAAGUCCGAUCGAUUGCAACUACGACGACAGUAUCCUAUACAAAAAGUUAUGAGCUCUUCUGGACGUGGCCGCGGACGUGGAAGAGGGAAAGGUCGUGGUCGAGGAAGAGGUCGAGGUCGAGGACGAGCAAUAGGAAUCAAGCGGAUGAUGCAAGAAGACUCUGCGGAUGAAGACAGUAUUGGCCAGCUUCGCUCAACACCGACUAAUGGAAAGCAGGUUGACAGCAGCACAGAAUCCAAUGACAUCAAUUCUUAUCCAUCUCAAAACUCAACGUAUCCUGUGGACAAUGAUCAGAUGACACCGCGCGGCAGUGCGAAUACAAGUAAUAGCUCGCGUCUUAAACCUGAGGAGCACAUCCCCCCGUCAUCAACAACAUCCCCUGCUGCUCGCUGGCCGUUGCGAGGUUUCGAUGGAGAGCAAGGUAGUCACUUUCGCAUGGCACCUCAAUCAAACCUACCACCGUCUUCAACGAUGCAAAUGGCACGUCAAGGUCACGUCGAGUAUUCUGGACCUCCAGCUUCCAACCAAUUCAGUAACGAUAAUUCUCGUCCUCGUCACGAGUUUUCGUCACCUCACUUUCCGAUCGCAAACACGCACCAAACACAGGAAAUUUCUCGCUCCGGUCUGAUGACGCAACAAUUUCACGGAAGUCGUCCGAUGGGCCAUGUACCGCUUGCACAAAGUAAUCAGCGAAUGACAUCAAGUAUGCACUUACCGCAGCAAAAAGGCCAGCCAUUACUCCAACGUGAAUUUGGUACUCCAUAUCGUAGUGAAGCAGCUGAUUUGGCAUUAUCGUCAGGCUCUUAUAAUUUAAAUUCAAGAAAUCGCGUGGUACAAAAUUUUAAGAGUGCAAGUGAUGGAAUUCAAAGCCAAGUUGCAUCCCAGCCUCCUUCACAACUUCCUCUUCGCCGCCAUGCACCUAAUAUUCCGUGGCGUAACCCAUCGACGUUUCCAGCAGAGAUUUACGAGCGAUUCCGCUGCCACUCGGAUGAUGCAAAUCAUGUGUUUCGGAUCGAUCUUUCGCCGGUGUUUAUAGAAAAGACUAUCAAGCUGUACCAAGGAGAAAUUGACUUUUUUUUUCGAUGCUUCGAGUCACCAGAUGUAAGCUUGGUGGUUAAAGGUAUGGGAAGCGAGUUAAAUCAGUAUAUUUGGGCUUGGCCGUUUAUUCUCGAGUGCUGCGGGAAUGAUACGCACUUUGCUUUCGACCACUUUCAAUUUAGGCGAAAUAGUGAGACGGAUAUACCGGAGCUGGCUUUUGUCGGAAAAUUGCAGUUGUCCAUGGCCUCUUUUAACUCGUAUCUGGAGAAGUAUUUAUCAAAUGUACCCGGAAAGGACGUUGUGGUACUGGAGGACCAUGUCACGAAAAAGACGAUUACAAUUGUGGCCUCCGACAAUAUUAUUGCUCUGAAUAAUUUGGUUUUGGCUAAGUAUUGCGCACAGCUUUAUAACGACCUCAUCAAGGGUUUUCAAUGGGAUGUUUUCGCUGGUGGCAUCCACUGCUUGUUGCAAUAUCUGCCUCAGAGUAGCUGGCAUGACAAAUUUUCAAGUCCACGACUACAUUUCAACUUUCCUGGGGCGCGGGGCUCAUUAGCUGAUCCUGGCAACGGUACCACUGAUACUGCAUAUCAGGUGCUUGUAGGAUCUCUGGAGCUAGUCAUUUUUGAGCGUUUUGAGCCGCAAUUCAGAGCCGAUUUCGACAUUAUCUUACACAGAUCAGGAUACGAUGCAUCAAGAAAAACUAUGCUUUUGGAUGCCCAUCUUCGUGCUCUAAGAUCAGCAGGCUUUGCAUUUUCAACUGUGCUAUUACAAGAAGGAGAAUUUGUUCAUGUCAACAAGGGCCGUCAACAUUUCUGGCGUGUCGUCGAGAAAGAUAGCACCAAUAGAUCGGUCAAUGCCCCGUGUGUCUUUCUUUCGUGGGAGUGGGUGUAUCAGGGUGUUUCCCAACGCGGUAUUUCUACAGAGUGCUGGUUUGCCAUGAAGAACGCGAGUAUGUGUCCCGAUGGAUGGGUAUUUGACCCACGCCGUGCGAUUGUGGAAGCUGCCAAGUGUGGAGUAGCAAUCGUGCGCACUGGACAAUUCUUACGCUCUGCGCUGACGUCGGGACGUUCACGCACCUCCCAGCUGCUAUCGUUUGCUACAUCGCCAGCACCUAUUGAUCGUGGAGUUGUAGCGCAGCGCCAAGCUCAGAUGGUUCUUUUUCUGGAAUCGAUACUACCAUGUCUCGACGCGAUUGUCGAAGAGGCCUAUGAAUUGGGUUUAUCAAGCACAGAUGAUAGCGAAGAGUUCCGCAAUGUGUUCGACGAUGAAGGCAUGUGGCGCACAGUAGACGCUGAUUUGCAUGAUCCACCCACGGACACGUCUGAAAACUAUGUCUGCCUGUGUCACACGCUGUUCCAAACUCGGUAUCGCUUUACUGCUCCUGCAAAUUUGGAAAGGUUGCGAGCUGAUGUGGACGCUGUCGUCAAAUACCAUCAGCAGCAACUGCUACAGCAUCAACAGCGCUAG